AUGUGUGAUAACAGAUAUAUAUUUAUAUCUAGAGAUUCUAAUAGUAGUGUUUACAGGGCUCUAGGAAAAUAUUUACUAAACACACGGAAAGGUGAUUGGAAGAAAGUGAAGCCUGAUAGUCUCAGAUUUAAUCUCAUGUUAGGAGACCGGAAUAAACUCCCUUAUACACGACUAGAUCAUCAUGUAAUUUGUUUCAGAGAAAUGAAGAGACACUGCCGUUGCAAAAACAUAGAUCAGUUUCAAUGGUUUCCAGAAUCUUUUAUAGUCAUUCCAAAAAGACCUUUGUCUUUAUCGGGUACAGUAUCACAAACUCUUGAACCAGAUUCAAAAAUAGAUCUUGAUGGCAGAGAAGAGCUGUUAAAAUAUGGCUCAUCUAAUUCUGAGAGUCAGAUUUGGAUUGCUAAAAGUUCUUCUGGUGCUAAAGGAGAUGGUAUAAAGAUAUCAAAUAAUAUACAAGAUUUACUGGAUCAUAUUGAUCACCAACAUCAAUCUUAUAUUAUACAGAAAUAUCUACACAAUCCUUUUUUACUCAAUCAUAGGAGAAAAUUUGACAUUAGAUGUUGGGUAUUACUGAACAGCAAUCAACAAGUCUAUUUGUUUAACCAAGGUGUUUUACGAACAGCCUCAGAAAGUUACAAUGUCUCAGACUUAACAAACAUAACCUCACAUUUAACCAAUCACAGUCUACAGCAAGAGAAGUCGAAGAAUUUUGGUGUUUAUGAAGAGGGGAAUGAAAUGUUUUAUGAUGAAUUCAAUGAAUACCUCCUGAAAACAAGAGGUGAAACAAUGGAGGCCAGAAUUAUACCACAAAUUAAAGACAUCAUUAAAUCAGCCUUCAGUAUUAUAUUACAGAAUCUAGAUACUAGAGGGUUAGAUUAUAAAAGCUUUCAGUUGUUUGGUUUUGAUUUUUUACUUGAUGAUACUCUGAAAGUUUGGUUACUUGAAAUAAAUGGAGCCCCAGCCUGUGCACAGUGA